AGAAAUAAGUUGUUUCCUGAGUCUUCUAUAAGGAAUAUAAUGUAUCAGAUAUUACAAGGACUUGCAUUUAUUCACAAACACGGCUUCUUCCACUGGGACUUAAAGCCUGAAAACCUCCUCUGCAUGGGACCAGAACUUGUGAAGAUUGCAGACUUUGGGUUGGCCCGAGAAAUCUGAUCAAGACCUCCAUACACAGACUAUGUAUCUACUCAAUGGUAUAGGGCUCCAGAAGUGCUCCUGAGGUCCACCAACUACAGUUCCCCCAUUGAUGUCUGGGCUGUGGGCUGCAUCAUGGCAGAGGUGUACACCCUCCGGCUGCUCUUCCCUGGGGCCAAUGAGAUUGACACAAUUUUCAAAAUUUGCCAAGUGUCGGGAACACCAAAAAAGACUGACUGGCCUGAAGGCUACCAGCUAUCAAGUGCUAUGAACUUCCUUUGGCCCCAGUGCAUUCCCAGUAACUUAAAGACCUUGAUUCCAAAUGCUAGCAGUGAAGCAAUUCAGCUCCUGAGAGACAUGCUUCAGUGGGAUCCCAAGAAACGACCAACAGCUAGUCAGGCACUUCGGUACCCUUACUUCCAGGUUGGACACCCACUGGGCAGUACCACACAGAACCUUCAGGAUUCAGGAAAGCCAGAGAAAGAUGUCCUGAGAAAGGCAGGCCCACCUCCUCAUAUCAAGCCAGCCCCUCCUGCCCAGCCCCCAACCAAGACACAUACACUGGUAUCUUCACGACCACAUCAAACCAGUCAGCCUCCUCCACAUCUUGUGUACCCCUAUAAAGCUGAAGCUUCCAGGGCAGAUCAGCUGACCCAUCUUCAGGAGGACAAGCCAAGCCCACUCUUCCCAUCCCUCCACAACAGGAAUCCUCAGCCCAAAAUCCUAGCUGGCCCGGAACACAAAAACGGUGAGACCAAGCCAAAGAGUAGGAGAAGGUGGGGUCUGAUUUCCCGGUCAACGAGGGGGUCUGAUGAUUGGGCUGAUUUAGAUGACUUGGACUUCAGUCCAGCCCUGACCAGAAUAGAUGUAAAAACCAAGAAGAGACAGAGCGAUGACACUUUCCUCAGAUUUGAAAUUGUCUUGGAUCUGAAGCCAUCCGAGCCUGUGGUUACGAGAGCUAGUGUCUCCACCCAGGCUUCCUGCCAGAGGGGAGACACGCCAACCCUGCGGUCUGUGGCGAAGCAGCACUACCUGAAGCACGCUUGAUACUUGCCUGGUAUAAAUAUAAGAAAUGGCAUACUUCCAAAUCCCAGCAAGGACUUUAUUCCAUCAAAUCCAUGGUUCAGUUCUGGUUUGUCUGGAAAAUCUUCAGGGACAGUAUCUGUAAUCAGCAAAAUAAAUUCAGUUGGGUCUGGCUCUACAAGUUCUAGCCGACUGACUGGAAGCUAUAUCCCUUCCUUUUUGAAAAAAGAAAUUGGUUCUGUUAUGCAGAGGAUACACCUGGCACCUAUUCCAGACCCUGCCCCUGGUUACUCUUCCCUGAAGGCUGUGAGACCUCAUCCUGGGCGGCCUUUUUUCCACACCCAGCCUAGAAGCACUCCUGGGCUGAUUGAACGGCCUCCAGCUGCCCACUCCGUGCACAGCAGGACGGACUGGGCCUCCAAGUACCCAUCCUAUCGGUGA